GUUGUGCUUACAGAAUCAUACUCACAGUUAUCCACUGGAUGCCGCUGUUGUCCAGAAAAUACGCAGUUCUUUAAAACAAAGCCCAUUUGUUCUCAAGGACUAGCUAGCUACAUUUGGAGAUCUCAGCCAUUUCAAUGAAAAAAAAAAAAUGAAACCAGCAAACAGACCAGGAGAUAUUAGAACUUGUGUAUGUUCUAAAUGGCGAAUUUAUGGAUUUAUAAAACGAGAGAAAGGUACAGUGCUUCUCUCUAAAUCGGGGGACUAUGGAGCCUGGUGUCUCCUGCUCUGGAUUCUGUUAUUCACAUCCUGGCAGGCAGGGAGCGGCCAGCUGCACUACUCCAUCCCGGAGGAGGCCAAGCACGGCACCUUCGUGGGCCGCAUCGCGCAGGACCUGGGGCUGGAGCUGGCCGAGCUGGUGCCCCGCCUGUUCAGGGUGGUGUCCAAGGACCGCGGGGACCUUCUGGAGGUAAAUCUGCAGAAUGGCAUUUUGUUUGUGAAUUCUCGGAUCGACCGGGAGGAGCUGUGCCGGCAGAGCGCAGAGUGUAGCAUCCACCUGGAGGUGAUCGUGGACAGGCCGCUGCAGGUUUUCCAUGUGGAGGUGGAGGUGAGGGACAUUAACGACAACCCACCGGUGUUCUCUGUAACAGAACAAAAGAUCUUGGUCCCUGAAUCUAGACUACUUGACUCUAGAUUUCCAGUAGAAGGCGCGUCUGAUGCAGAUGUUGGAGAGAAUGCAAUGCUUACUUACAAACUCAGUUCAAAUGAGUUUUUCAUUCUUGAUACUAUAAGCAGAAAAGAAAAAGGCAAAUUCCCAGAGCUCAUUCUUAGAAAACUGAUAGAUCGUGAAGAAAAUCCACAGUUAAAGUUGUUGCUGACUGCGGCCGACGGAGGCAAACCUGAAUUUACCGGAUCUGUUUUUCUGUUCAUCCUGGUGUUGGAUGCUAAUGAUAAUGCUCCUGUAUUUGACAGAUCUGUUUAUGAAGUGAAGAUGUCUGAAAAUCAAGCCAACCAAACGCUAGUAAUACGGCUGAACGCAUCAGACGCAGAUGAAGGAAUAAACCAGGAAAUGGAGUAUUCAUUUAGCUCUUUAGUCCCAUUAGACAUAAGAAGGAAAUUUUUAAUAAACGAAAAAACUGGAGAAAUUAAAGUAAAUGAUGCUAUUGACUUUGAAGAUAGAAGCAAUUAUGCAAUUCAUGUAGAUGCUACAGAUAAAGGAAAUCCACCCAUGGUUGGUCACUGUACUGUCCUAGUGGAAAUCUUGGAUGAAAAUGAUAAUUCACCAGAGAUAGUGGUUACUUCUUUGUCUCUCCCGGUGAAAGAAGAUGCUUCUUUGGGCACUGUCAUCGCCCUGAUCAGUGUGUCAGAUCAAGACUUUGGAGCCAAUGGUGAAGUGACCUGCUCCCUGAAGACUCAUGUCCCCUUCACUCUAAUAGCCACCUUUAAGAAUUACUAUUCUCUAGUGCUGGACAGCGCCCUGGACCGCGAGACCAAAGCUGACUAUAAGGUGGUGGUCACUGCGAGGGACGGAGGCUCGCCUUCGCUGUGGGCCACGGUCAGCGUGUCCGUGGAGGUGGCUGACGUGAACGACAACGCGCCUGUGUUCGCGCAGCCCGAAUACACGGUGUUCGUGAAGGAGAACAACCCGCCGGGCGCCCACAUCUUCACGGUGUCGGCGGUGGACGCGGACGCGCAGGAGAACGCGCUGGUGUCCUACUCGCUGGUGGAGCGGCGGGUGGGCGAGCGCGCGCUGUCGAGCUACGUGUCUGUGCACGCGGAGAGCGGCAAGGUGUAUGCGCUGCAGCCUCUGGACCAUGAGGAGCUGGAGCUGCUGCAGUUCCAGGUGAGCGCGCGGGAUGCUGGUGUGCCUGCCCUGGCCAGCAAUGUGACUCUGCAGGUGUUCGUGCUGGAUGAGAACGACAAUGCUCCGGAGCUGUUGCCACUUAGGGCCGUCGGAGCUGGUGGAGUGGUGAGCGAGCUGAUAUCCUGGUCAGUUGGUUCAGGACAUAUGGUUACUAAGGUGUGCGCGGUGGAUGCAGACUCUGGUUACAAUGCCUGGCUCUCCUAUGAACUGCAGUCAGCUGUGGAUAGCGCCAGCAGCCCUUUCCGCAUGGGUCUGUACACUGGUGAGAUCAGCACGACGCGCGCCCUAGACGAGACGGAUGCACCACACCAGCGUCUGUUGGUGCUGGUGAAGGACCAUGGAGAGCCAGCUUUGACAACUACCGCCACUGUGUUGGUUUCUCUGGUUGAGCCCAGUCAAGAGCAAAAAGCCUCCUCCAGGGCGUUGGUAGAUGCUGCCGGCCGGGAGGGGCGGCUGGUGGAUGUCAACGUGUACCUGAUUAUCGCCAUCUGCGUGGUGUCCAGCCUGCUGGUGCUCACGCUGCUGCUGUACAUCUCCUUGCGCUGCUCCAAGGCGCCCAUGGAGGGCGCAUGCGCGUCUGGGAAGUCUAUGCGGGUGUGCUCCGGCGCGGUGGGGAGUUGGUCCUACUCACAGCAGAGAAGGCAGAGGUGUGCUCUGGGGAGGGUGAGGGCCCACCCAAAACCGACCUCAUGGCCUUCAGCCCAAACCUUACACCCUGCCCAGUAGCAGAUGUGGGAGUGGAAGACCAUUCUACUGGAGGAGAUGUAUCCAGGAAGCCACGACAGCCCAACCCUGACUGGCGUUACUCUGCCUCGCUAAGAGCAGGCAUGCACAG